CACAAGGCUCUGCUCUGUGGGGGGAACUUGAAGCUGUGCAUGGGUAAUUUGUGUUGCUGUGUGCCGCUUCGGACCGAGGUCUGGAGGUACUGAACGGAGCUCCGCAUCCACUGUCCGCGCGUCCUCGUCCUGCACGGAGCAGGCAGAACUUGACAGUGUCCCAGAACGUCAACGACCAACACACCCAGGGUACCUUGCACAUCGUAUCUGGAUGAAGUCCAUGACCAAACACGUCAAUAUGUGACGAGAUUUUAGACUCUGCCGUAGACAGACUGCCUUCUCCAGAGUAUGCCUUGUCUCCAUGGUAACGGGCCUCAGGCAGACCCAGAAAAACAUCGGGCCAAACUGGUCCACUCCUGUCCAACCUACCUGAUCUUGGACUGUGCUGAAGAGGAUUUAACGAGAAUUCAAGCAAUGAAUCAUUCUUCAAAUAUUAGUCAUGUACUCAAUUAGUUCCUGUAGUUAUUUUACCAAUUAAGGUGCAUUCAAGGACCCAGAAUGCCUAAAAUACUGCUUGAAAAUUUGUUGUUUUAGUAGAUGUACUUUCUAAUCUUUUGGGAUCACAAUGCAGACUUGGACUUUGUAUACUCUCUAAAUUGUGCCCGAGAACCAGGACUCUGUUUAAAAGUUUCCCUUCCUUGAUAAUUAUGUCAGGGAUAUAUUCAGUCUCAAUUAAGGGUUCUUAAUCGAGCAGCACCAGUCCCAAACUGGACUGAAAGGAGUCCUACACCAGGACCAGGAUGCACCAGCUGUUCAGCCAGGUGCUGGGGCAGAGGGAUCUAUCCAGAGCGGGGGAUCUGUUUUCUCUGGAGGACACAGAGAUCGAAUCCUGUCUGUCUCAGGCUCUGGACCAGAUCAAGGCCAUCUCCUGCUCACCGGACUAUUUGACCAAUGACAACGACCAGGCAGUGGUGGAGAUUUGCAUAACGCGCAUCACCACGGCCAUAAGGGAGACAGGCUCCAUCGAGCAACACAGCACGGCACUGGUGGGGCUGUGGGAGUCAUGUCUUGAGCACAACCUCACCCCUCAAGGUGAAAACACAGAAGACACGCCGCAUGCCAAGAUAGCGUCCGACAUCACCAGCUGUAUCCUGCAGAACUACAGCUGUCCGUCAGUCAUGGUGCUGGCCGUCCCGGUAGCAGUGCGGUUCCUGCAGCGAGGGAACAGGGAGCUGAGCAGGAACAUGUCCAGUUAUCUCUCCCUGGCUGCUAUCGCCAAAGCCGAUCUGCUGGCUGAACACACGGAGGCCAUAACGCUCAGCGUGCUGGGAGGUAACCACAUGUUGUUACGGGUGUUACCCUCAGUUUACCCCAGACAGCCAGAUACCAUCCACUGUCACCUAGGCAACCUCACCGCGAUGAUGUCUCAGCUGGAGUCCCCAGAGCAACAACACCUCAUCAGACUGAUUCAAAUUGUUGCAGAGCAACAUCCACUAAUGUUGAGCCCUCAGGUGCCUACGCUAGUCAGUUAUCUAGGAGACCAAUCCCUGACUGAGGCCCUGCUGGGUGCGCUCGUGGACGUGUCACAGGCCAGCCCUUCCUCGCUGGUCAGCUUCCUGCCAGCGCUGAGGAUUGUGGGACAACAAUGCCCUGCUCUCCUGGGUCCUGUGGCCAAAAUCCAUGGUGCCGUCGGUAUCAUUAGUGAGACCCAUGCACACAACUCGUUGGUCUACCUGGUGUCCUGUCUAGGCAGCAUGGAGCACAGCUUUCACCACACACUGCUGCUGGAGAUCAGAGCUCUGACAGACCGCUACCCAUCUUUACUGGGAGGCUGCGGUAAAGACAUCUACAGGAUGAGCAACUCGUUCACUGCUAUAGCCCGACUGCUGGGGAGGAGACUGGAGGAGAGCACAGCCAUGCACUGCAGGGUGGACGAGGCAUGCCCGCCGUCUCCCUGUGCAUCUCUUCCAGGGGGAGGGAGGGCGUCAGAGCAGCGGCUGCAAGUGAAAAUUCAGGCCUUUGAGGAGAAAAUGGGGGAGGAAGGGGUGGAGGAGGAGGUGGAGGAGGACUCUCCUGCCCCCCAGCGUCGCUACAGCCUGAGCCAAGCCGUCAGGGAGGAGAGACGAGAAAUGAGAUUCAACAGGUCAAAGAGCCUGGCCCUCCACGCUGUGCGCUCCCGCUCCAUCAACUCAGACACCGGGGAGGACAGUGAGGGCCUGGAGCCAAACCCGGACAACAUCAUCCCCAACACAUUGGUGAAAUCGCACUCAGAAAACCAGGAAGCACCACCCACUGAAAGAAAACUGAUAGGUGACGGCUCGAUGCCUGUCUCUGCUGUCCUGGACAGAGGGGUCAAAGAGGCUGAGAAAGGUCAAAGCAGAGAGAAGGAUGGAGAGACGGAGGAGCAGGAGGACACUGACAGACUCUUCAUCCAUUUAAGAGACAACAUGGAGACGAUCAGAGAGUUCUGUGGAGACAUGGUGCGGCAGAUCCCCAUACCAGAGCAGUGUGUGAUAGACGAUUCAAAUCGAGGAUGUGUGGCCAAGCUGUCGUUCUCCUGUCCUCUUAAGGGCCACUACUGUCUGUACGCUAAGUCCUGUUUCAACCUGACCAGCCGACAGCCUCAUCUUUGGAUACACAUCAUGCUGCUACACCUACAGAGUAAAUCCAGUGUUGCCCUGUGCUCCAGAGAUGAGUGUGUCCAGAGGCUCGCCUCCCUCUGGGAGAAGACUCAGCUAAAAGGAGCUCACAGCUUCCCCAUGGCUAUGACACAGCACACCACGCCACACAGAAAGGACAUGGACAGUCUCCAGAUUCAGCUGGAGGAGGUGCGUUUCUUUGAUCUGUUUGGCUACAGUGAGGAAGAGGGAGGAUGGCUCUGCUUCAUGUGUAACAACCCUGAGAAGGCCACAGUCGUGAACCAGGAGGGACAGCCUCUCAUCGAGGGGAAGCUGAAGGAGAAGCAGGUCCGCUGGAAGUUCAUCAAGCGCUGGAAAACCCGCUACUUCACCUUGGCAGGAAACCAGCUACUCUUCCGGAGAGGCAAAUCAAAAGACGAACUGGAUGACAUCCCUAUUGAGCUGAGCAAGGUCCAGAGUGUCAAGGUGGUAGCCAAGAAGCGGCGUGAUCGCGGUCUGCCACGAGCCUUUGAGAUCUUCACUGACAGCAAGACAUACGUGCUGAAAGCUCAGGAUGAGAAACAUGCUGAGGAGUGGCUGCAGUGCAUCAACGUGGCUGUGGCUCAGGCCAGAGAGAGGGAGAACAGAGAGGCGACCACCUACCUGUGAGAGCAACGGCAACACAGUCAGCUGACGAGGACACAUACUGUACAUGUGCGGACUAUUGCAAACUCAUGCAUACACAAACACUGUGUGAUGUUACUACACACUAUGCUGAGUACUAUUUUGUUUAGCUGUACACAACAACAUCCACUGCCAGUAGCAUAACUUUAUAUCUGUCAUUGGGAGCAUACAACGCCUGUCAGAAACAAACAAAAACUCAUGCAGUAUUUUUUUUAAAGACUUGAAAUAAACCAGCAAUAAAAGGCUGUAUGGUGUGUAUCCAACCAGAAUGAAGGAUGGUUACACCAUGGACUCGUGAUCCAUCUACAGCUGUGGACCAUCAUAAAUGUGUGUUACAGUACAUAAGUGUUAAAGACUGAAGUUUCACCUGACUGGAUCAUACAGCGCGGAACUUUCAACUUCCUCCGCUCGAGCCCAGACAUGACUGCGAGCUUCAACAACCAAACAAAACCAGCAUCUGUGGAAACUUGGGAUUUCUGGGUUUAAUGGUGCAUGAUGAUUGAGAUGAAUUUGAGGCCAGAGUAGUAUUUAGCAAUAAAGACUUCAUAGAAGCUCCGACCUCAUAAGGACUUGAAGCAAUAAUGAGACUGAACAGAUUCUCUUGAAAGGAAGGAAGGAUGAUGAAGAGGAGCCUAAUGGACAGCAGAUGGGAAGGGCAUUCAAUCCUGAAACUGUGUGUGUGUGGUUGUGUGUGUCUGUAUCUGUGUGUGAGAGAGUGUAUGAUGAAGUCUUAAAGGAAGAGUUCAACAUUUUGGGAGAUGCAUGUUUUCACUUUUUGCCAAGAGUGAGAUAGGAAGACUGAUAUCAUUCUAACGUCUGUGCUCUAAAUAUGAAGCUACAGCCAGACAUUGGUUAGCUUAGCUUAGCUUAGCAUAAAGACUGGAAAUGAGGGGAAACAGCCAGUCUGGCUCUGUCCAAAGGUAACAAAAGCCUCAUACGAGCACCUCUAAGGGUGCUUUCUCAUCUGCCCUGUUUGAUUCAGUACAGAUGAACUCAAGUUAGUUUGCCUCCUAAGUGCAGUUUGUUUGGGCAGGUGUGAACACAGCAACGACCGGCCCAAGACCUUCUUGAAGAUGUGAUCUCUCUCUACUGCACGGCUGUAAGGUUUCUUGGAGGCAUGGUUGCGUGGUUGUGACGUUAUCACAGUGACAAUAUUUUUGACAGACAGACAUAUAAACACCUGAAAAAGUACUCACAAAGGUUUCCGUGGUAGUUCCCACUACAAUAGGUGUCUCCAGGACUAAACUUCUUCAUGAUGACUCACAAAGUGAAAACAAUACCUGCCAAUGCUGUUGCAGCAGGUAACAACGUUAUCGUGGCUGGAAACAACUCUGUUGCUGCUGGUAAACAUGACAAGUUGGGGUUUUUCUAGUCUCGCCACCAGAUAAUCAGAGAGCUCCGCCUUCUGAUAGUCUGGGGACACUCCUUUCUAAAGUGUGAUUAACACACCAGAGAAAACGGCCGGCAACAAAGCAACGCCUCUUGCAUUUUUGAAAAGGACACGCCCUCCCGGAAACGUGCGCUCCCCCUUUUCUCGUCUGCAAGGACACAAACACACAGAGAGCUUGAAAAUGGAUGCUGAGAGAUUUAACUCCGUUUUAUCAAACAUGUGCUCAGUCCACAUGAUUGUGGAAAUGAAGGACUUACAGCGACUUUGUUUUAACUUUUAACACAGUUGGACUAUGUUUACGAGCACAAGAGUUCAGCGAGCCACCGAAGGACCGCCCUGCGGAUUUACUAUUGGUUCUGCAAUGUAGGGAGUUUUUUUAAACUCUGAAAUUGUAUCCACCCAUCUAAACACAAAAUCAGGGAGAAAGUCAUCAGUCUUUAGUUAAGCGAAGCGUCUAAAGACUGACUUGUGAGUCUAGGGUUUUUCAGGUGUUGUGGGACUAUGUCUUGGCCAGGUGCGGUGACUUCCUGGGGUAUCUACUGGUUGCCAGGCAACCCCAUGGUGACUGCAAGAUUUCGGGAUGUCACUGCUCCUAACCAAGAAACAGUCCCGCACAAAGACAUUUUCAUAUUAGGUAUAAUUAUCCGUAUCAAGUACCAGAACGAUCCUCUCCCUUCCUACAUUAUCACCCAUGGCUGUGCAGUGCAGUUCAGCGCAUGCUGCUGGCAUAUGUAGAUUUAGGAGGAGAUUGGCGGGGUUGAGAAAUGCCUGUGCAACUUUACUCAUAAACUGCUACAUGGGUGAAAUAGCUGUUUUCACACCUGUUGCAAUCUGUACCCAAGUACACAUGAACCAUACUCCAGACCACCUACUCAAGAAGACUCAGGCAUGGAUCAAUGUACUAUGCCUGGGUAUGUGCCUGAAUAUGGUUCUCAGUGUUCACACCAAUUAAACAAACUGGACUUUGUUGUCAAGUGAACUCAGAUCCGGGCUCAGGUCCCUGAUGUAAAAGCCUCCCAAAACUUAAUGACCUUUGGACAGAGCCAAGCUUGCUGUUUCCAGCUAUUCCAGCCUUUAUGCUCAAAUGUGCUAAUCAGCUCGCUAGCUUCAUAUUUCUUUAAUAGACAUUUAACGGACAUGACUACAAUGUUGUCAUCAUCAUUAGCAAGAAAGCGAAAAAGCAUGCUUCCUAAAAUGUGUAACUGUUUAUUUAAUAUACAUAUUUUUUUCAUGUAAAAUAUGGAUAUACAUAAUUUAUCCAACAUUUUAAACUAAUUUGUGUCAAGUAUUUUUUUGUGUUUUUGAUUUAUUCUCUAUUUUUCAUCACUAACAAAUCUAUUUUCCUCCAGUCAGUCUGCAACAGCUCAAGUUGAGCUAUUUAAAAAUCAGAAAUUUUCCAUCCAACAUAUAAGAAUGCCUUGUUUAAAGAAAAAACAUUCAGAUCCUAUUUUCUGUUUCUGCUCUUGUACUAAAGUAACUUAUGAAGCAAGUCCCCUAAGAGUUAGUGCAGUGGUCAGAUUUCUGUUCUGUUGCAAUCUAAGUACUGUAUGGACCAGGCUAUUUUUGGCUUUCCGAACAAGAAACGUCUGCAACAAUUCCCUCCGUGUUUUACGAGGAGCUCAACUGUUGCUCAAUAGUAAAGUUUGGGCAACAGAGUUCUAAGAAAACAGUGAAAUAAAUUAGAGGUUUCCUUGUGGAUUUCGAGACCAUGCCAGUCCAGUCAUACUGAUUUAAUUUCGAUCGAUGAUUCAGUGAAGGUUUUUGUUUAGACAGCGAGAGACUGAAGGUGAUGUGCAGCAAUCGCAACCUUCUUUCCAGAGGUCAGAGUUUAAAAGCUUGUGAGUUUACAGUGGAAGUGAGCAUCUGACUGUUAACAUUUUAACCUCCAGUUUUUCCUCUGAUUUCAGUGGACUCAAAGAAGAGUCUCAGUUUCUACCUUUUUACAACUUUCCACUGGUAAAACCAGUCUGUAGUGGUACGGAUGAAUAUGGAGCAGUCUUACUCCCUUAUGUUCCUCACUAGCCAGGAAGCAAAUGACAAACAUGUUGACCCAGUUAAGCUCUGACUGCCUGCACCAGACAAACAUUCACGGUCGGCUGUGGCAAAUCAAUUAUUUCGUAUGAUGUCUGAUUUUGAUCUUUAUCUGGAUCCACAUGUGAGGUGUGGGUCUGCCCACAGGUGGAAGCGUUGCUCUCCUCUGUGGUAUCAAAUGCUUUUGGCUUUGGUUAAUUACAUAAAACGCACUGUUCGGAAUACUUUAAGGUGGCCUUAAUCUUAACUCGUGUGACAGACAAGGGCAUUUUCUUUGGUGUUACCUUGUCGUAAAGCUAAAACCCUGUCAGCUGUGUACUUGCAGUCAUAACACUGCCUUUCCCAGCGGGUCAUGUUACCACUGUUUGUACUUUUUGCUGUCCCUGUGCCUCACCCCCUGCAUGGCAGAGCUGACCUGCAUCUGCUGACACAUAAUAUUAUUUACAUCAUGCCUCUCCUUCACAUUUUGAUUGUGUCCCCCUCCCCCUUUCCUUUUCUUUCUUUUUUUUUAUGACCCACAUACACAGCUGGCUAUGCACCCCAAAGUCAGGGGGAUUUCUCACAAUAACUGCAAAAGAUGACUUUUUUUAGGCUUGCUAGUGGUGUGGCUCUGGGGAUGGUUAUGUCAGUCUUCCUGUUGGUGUGUCCAUCACGUUGGUCCAGGCUGAAAUAGCUCAACAACUAUUGGAUUUAGAUUUUGUAGAGUCAUUCAUUGACUUUGCUGACCCCAUGAUUUCUCCUCUAGUGCCACCAUCAGGUUGACAUUUGUGGUUUUGAGUGAAACGUCUCAACAACUAUUCUCGUCAGAUUCAGUACAAGCAUUCAUGUCCCUCUGAGGAUAAUAUCGUAAAUAUCAUUUGAUGCUCCUUUAAGUUUUAAUUCAGUGUCAUCAUCGGGUUAAAAUUUCAACUUGUCCUAUAGUUUGGUUUAUGACCAUCAACCUUAGCUGGCCUUUGUGUUUAGUGUUAAUUGAGACUUGGAUUAUACUACAAGAGUUAUGUGAGAGUUUGUUUUGCUGUCAUUAAAUGUGGACCCAAAUGACUUUAAUUUAUCAAGACUUUUUUCCCCAUUUUUGGAUUCACAAAAUUCAACAUAAGACAGGGUGAGUAAUUGAUACACAAGUGGUCAUUUGGGGGGUGAACUAUUCCUGUAGGCGGCAUAGUGGUACAGUGGUUAGCAUUGUUGCUUCACAGCAAGACGGUUCGAAUCCAAGGGUGGGGGAGCCCUUCUGUGUGAAACUUGCAUGUUCUCGCCUUGUCAGUUUGAGUUUUCUCCGGGUACUCCAGCUUCCUCCCACAGUCCAAAGACAUGCAGGUUAAUUGGUGACUCUAAAUUGUCCAUGAGUGUGAAUGGUUGUCUGUCUCUAUGUGUCAGCCCUGUGAUUGUCUGGUGACCUGCCCAGGGUGUACCCCACCCUUCACCCAGUGUCAGCUGGGAUAGGCUCCAGUCCCCCCACGACCCUUAACAGGAUAAGCAGUUAUGAAAAAUGAGCUAUUCCUUUAAGUAUAGCUUCACAGUGCCAUCAGCAUGGAUGCAGACUCGAAUAGUGAAAUCAGACAUCUCACAUUAAGCCAACCAUGGUUGCCCUUUUUUCAUUUGUCCAAAAGCAAACAAAGUUGUCAAAUGUCAGACAUUAUCAUUUCACAGACACCAGGAUUUUCAAACUUACUGACAAUUCCUUAAUUUGUCUUGCGGAAAAUUCCUACCUUUCUGGGCUGAAACAAACAAAAGUAUAUGUGCUAACCUAUACUACACUUUCACACACAUAUUACUUGACUGCAGCUGCUGGCGAGCAAACGUUAAGUCCACUGCCACCCGUCAGUGAGGUUCAGAAAGUCCUUUACUCUUCACUCUAAAUGUACCAUGAAGCUGACUUUAGCCUUUUCAGUUGCACAGUGUUGAUUCCUUGGUGUUUGAAGUGAAUGUCUGAUCAUAUGAAUGUCAAAGUUACAAUGUACAGUAACAAUGUGAAUGCUCUCCACCUUCACCCUGCCAUGUGGGUCUAGUUUCCAAGCCUUGGGGGGGGGGGCGUGUUACAGCCAAAAUGAGCAAUUGUUUUAGGGUACUUUCCUCGUAAUGAAAUACAUUUGUAGGCAGCUGUGUAAAUAGACUGAGGGAUAGAUAACUGUAGCAUCUAUCUAUCUAUCUAUCUAUCUAUCUAUCUAUCUAAUGUUCGUCACACUGGAGAGUAGUGAGUUAUUAUUUUCGCUACGUUAAAGCACAAUGAGAUUUUACAUUUACAGUUUAGAAAGUAGAUAUCAAGAUGGAAACUGCUGUAGAUCUCAACAAACACACACUGUAUAUGUGAAGAUGAUGAGUGUUAAAGUUUCUGAAUGUAUAAAACGACUUCUGAACAUAAUUAUCAGCCUCGUGUAAAGAAUCAUAGGAAAAGGCUUUAACUUUUUACUUUAGAGUGUCGUUAAAUUACAUUUGAUUUUGUGUUUGAUUUUUGAUAUAAGGUCAAUAUUUAUUUUUUACCAGCGCUGUAAUAACACUUCAGUGAUGUCUUGAACGACUACUGAACAAAGAAUGUGACUUCUGUCUUCCCUUUGCUUUUUCCAUUGUGUUUAUAUAGCUAUGAAAUAAUACUACAAACAACUGAAUGAUGUUUUUUAUGUACAGUUAAACUGCUAUCGUUAUGGAUUGUAUAUUUGCUUGUUGCACCUUUUGCAUGUCUGACACUGUCUUCUUUUCUUUUUUUCCUGACAGAAUUAUACAUUAAAUCUUUA